AUGAACCCAGAAGUUGAUUGGAAAAUCACAGACAAUGAGGCUGCAUCCAUAGCCAGUACCAGCACUCACCCUGAUUUCCAUGCUGAUGAUACAGAAGGUUUGUUGCAACCCUCACAGAAACUUCAACACAAUUGGUUUGUUGAUUGGACUCGAUCGCUCUUCCCCUCUGUCAAAAAGCCUACAUUCAAUUCAGAGAGUGGUAACCCAACCAUUACAGUGACAACAUCAGCCAUGGAGAUGACACCUGUCUCAGAGGUGAUGUCUAGCAGGGUGAAUAUACCUGUUGAUGAGAUAACGUCUCCCACGGAUACACCAGGCUCUCCUGAUGUACCGGUUAGCCGUGCACGACGGUUGAGAAGGAAGGUGUGGAACCCUGACUGCCAGGUGUACACCUGCCUGCUGGGAACACUUACUGUCAUAGUGGUAGGUAGCACUGUGGGUUGGGUAUGGGGAACACAACGCUCGCAUAGACACUGGGAUAACAGAAAAAAAACUUUUGUCUGCGCUUUGACAGACAUGUACAAGGUGCACGAGGAACUUCAAAGCGGUCAUGGAGGUGCCAUCAUUCAGUCAAGCCCUUAUUGCGCCGUUCCUGGUGAAACCUAUUCAGUGGACACUGUGCAAUCUGGUCCAAGUUAUGCAAAGUGGAUAUGGCCUCACCGUUUGAACUUUCAUGAUAAGUACGUUGUGCACAUGGACACCAGUAUCAAUGAUUUGAGAGCAGCUGGUUUCUACACAAUAAAACACAAAUAUGAUCGUAACGCAGCAUUUGCUACCAACAUUUCAGUCCGUCUACCAGAUGAUCUCUUCUGGGGCUAUACCGAAGAUCACAAACCAUUUGAACAUGGGUGGGCACGUGUCCUUAUGUCUGGUCCCUACACAGGAGAUUGA